UAGAUUUGGCUACUUUACUCUGCUUCUGCUUGUUAGAGAGAGAGAGAGAGAGAGGUGAAAUCUGAGACAGGGAAGAUGUACAGUUCUGUUUUGCCUCAGACAACUAUCAGUGGGCCUUUAUCGCAUCCCCGGAGAAGCUGCAAUAAGUUAUCUGUUAUUCUCAGGCCUCAAGAGAGUACUUGGACCUAAUCAAACCACAAUCAACUUCGAUAUAUCAUGGGUGCAGCAAAUUACAUGGGCAGUGUUGUUUCCUUUCUAAACGGAGGCUUUCAUUAUAUGGGAAGGUGUGUCGAUAUUGCUGACAUAAUGCAUGAAACCACUCAUAAUUAAUCUAGUUUGAAGAAUGAAUGAUUGUCUUGUUAAUGCGAGGUGUGAUGUUCACAGUCUGAGCACAAUUCUGCAAUAUCUUCCCUUUUAACUGAUGAACACUCAGCAAUGAUGAACGUUGAAGAAGAUAUUGAAAAUAUUGGUAUCUUGAACUUGGAUCAAGGCUUGGAGCCAUAUAAAGAUCACUUGAGAUAUAGAACAGGGAGAUACGUGGAGCAGAAGGAGCUCAUUGAGAAAUAUGAAGGAGGUCUUGAAGAAUUUGCUCGAGGUUAUCUAAAGUUUGGAUUUAACAGAGAAGAAGAUUGCGUUGUGUACCAAGAGUGGGCUCCUGCUGCACAGGAAGCACAAGUUAUUGGGGACUUCAAUGGAUGGGAUGGUUCCAACCACAGAAUGGAGAAGAACCAGUUUGGUGUUUGGACUAUCAAGAUUCCUGAUUCUGGUGGGAAUCCAGCCAUUCCACACAAUUCAAGGGUCAAGUUCCAUUUCAAGCAUGGCAAUGGGGUUUGGGUGGAUCGAAUUCCUGCAUGGAUAAAAUAUGCCACUGUAGACCCAGCCAGUUUUGCAGCACCAUAUGAUGGUGUGUACUGGGAGCCCCCACCUUCACAAAGGUAUGAAUUCAAACAUCCUCGGCCCCCAAAGCCCAAGGCCCCACGUAUAUAUGAGGCUCAUGUUGGAAUGAGUAGCUCAGAACUCCGUGUAAAUUCAUAUAGAGAAUUUGCUGAUGAUGUGUUGCCCCGUAUACGGUCAAAUAACUAUAACACUGUCCAGUUGAUGGCUAUUAUGGAGCAUUCCUACUAUGGAUCCUUUGGUUAUCAUGUUACAAACUUUUUUGCUGUUAGCAGUAGAUCUGGGACCCCUGAGGACCUCAAAUAUCUCAUUGACAAAGCUCACAGCUUAGGUUUGCGGGUCCUGAUGGAUAUUGUUCACAGUCAUGCAAGUAACAAUGUGACUGAUGGUCUUAAUGGCUAUGAUGUCGGCCAAAGCUCGCAAGAGUCCUACUUUCACACUGGAGACCGGGGGUACCACAAGCUAUGGGAUAGCCGACUAUUUAAUUAUGCUAACUGGGAAGUUCUUCGCUUUCUUCUUUCCAAUUUGAGAUGGUGGCUUGAGGAGUUCCAGUUUGAUGGGUUUCGAUUUGAUGGCAUCACAUCAAUGUUGUAUCAUCACCAUGGAAUCAAUAUGGCAUUUUCCGGGGAUUAUAAUGAGUAUUUCAGUGAAGCUACUGAUAUCGAUGCUGUCGUUUACUUGAUGCUGGCCAAUUGUCUGAUUCACAAUAUAUUGCCAGAUGCAACUGUGAUUGCUGAAGAUGUCUCAGGUAUGCCAGCUCUGGGUCGACCUGUGUCUGAAGGGGGAAUUGGUUUUGAUUACCGUAUGGCAAUGGCCAUCCCUGACAAGUGGAUUGAUUACUUGAAGAACAAGAAGGAUGAGGAGUGGUCAAUGAAAGAAAUAUCAUUGACCUUGACAAACAGGAGAUACACAGAAAAGUGCAUAUCAUAUGCUGAGAGUCAUGAUCAGGCCAUUGUGGGUGACAAGACCAUUGCUUUUCUCCUAAUGGAUAAAGAAAUGUAUUCUAGCAUGUCUUGUUUGAUGGAAGCUUCUCCUGUUAUUGAGCGAGGGAUUGCCCUUCACAAGAUGAUUCAUUUUAUAACGAUGGCAUUAGGAGGCGAUGGUUAUCUAGACUUUAUGGGAAAUGAGUUUGGUCAUCCUGAUUGGAUUGACUUCCCAAGAGAAGGCAAUGGCUGGAGUUACGAUAAAUGCAGACGACAGUGGGACUUGGUGGAUGCAGAUCAUUUGAGAUUCAAGUUCAUGAAUGGAUUUCAUAGAGCUAUGAAUUUGCUUGAUGAUAAAUUUCCAUUUCUUGCAUCGACAAAACAGAUUGUGAGCAGCACUGGUGAAGAAGACAAGGUAGGAAUGCUCCUCAUUAUUCCACAUACCUUUUUUUCUCCUCUAGUUUUAAAAAAAUAUAUUCUUUUUAACAUAUUAUAAUUAAUCAACAUUACU